UUUUUUUUUUUUUUUAAUCACUGCAACUGGAACAGUUUCUGAUCUCAAAAGGCAAGCCUCUCUUCCCGUGUGAUCUUUAUAAUUUACACUCUUUUCCGUGAGCUUUCUUACCUCCCUUUUUUUAUAUCUCUCCAUAUCCUCUAUUAACACAUAUAUCCAUUAUAUUAGUAGUGGAAUUCUUUUUAUUUUUUUGCUUUAGUACUCGCACCCUCACACACACUCUCCCGAGAACCAGAAGUCGGUUGGGUGUUUAUAUAAUGAAGAAUUAUGGGGCUGUUUGAUCGAGGUGUUCAAAUGCUUUUAACCACCGUUGGUGCUUUCGCUGCCUUCAGUCUGAUGACCAUAGCUGUGGGAACCGACUAUUGGCUCUACUCCAGAGGGGUUUGCAAGACCAAAAGUGUCAGUGAGAAUGAAACCAGCAAAAAGAACGAGGAAGUUAUGACCCAUUCCGGAUUAUGGAGAACCUGCUGCCUGGAAGGGAACUUCAAAGGUCUCUGCAAGCAAAUCGAUCACUUCCCAGAGGAUGCAGAUUACGAAGCUGACACAGCAGAAUAUUUCCUCCGGGCUGUGAGGGCCUCGAGCAUCUUCCCGAUCCUGAGUGUGAUUCUGCUUUUCAUGGGGGGACUCUGCAUCGCAGCCAGCGAGUUCUACAAGACUCGACACAACAUCAUCCUGAGUGCCGGCAUCUUCUUUGUGUCUGCAGGUCUGAGUAACAUCAUUGGCAUCAUAGUGUACAUAUCUGCCAAUGCUGGAGACCCUUCCAAGAGCGACUCCAAAAAGAAUAGUUACUCAUACGGCUGGUCCUUCUAUUUCGGAGCCCUGUCCUUCAUCAUCGCCGAGAUGGUUGGGGUGCUGGCCGUGCACAUGUUUAUCGACCGGCACAAACAGCUGCGGGCCACGGCCCGCGCCACGGACUACCUCCAGGCCUCCGCCAUCACCCGCAUCCCCAGUUACCGCUACCGCUACCAGCGCCGCAGCCGCUCCAGCUCCCGCUCCACCGAGCCCUCACACUCCAGGGACGCCUCCCCCGUGGGCAUCAAGGGCUUCAACACCCUGCCGUCCACGGAGAUCUCCAUGUACACCCUCAGCAGGGACCCCCUGAAGGCCGCCACCACGCCCACCGCCACCUACAACUCCGACAGGGAUAACAGCUUCCUCCAAGUUCACAACUGUAUCCAGAAGGAGAACAAAGACUCUCUCCACUCCAACACAGCCAACCGCCGGACCACCCCCGUAUGAAGCUCACGCGGGCCUCGCCAGCGCCGCCGCCGCCUUGGUCCCGGGCA